AAUUCUUACGCUUCAGUGGAACGAAGUCGUCAGUGGAAGGCUUUUACAAGUUAUUUGCUUCAAAGGUUAUGUUCCAUUAUGGAUUGGUUGUUUCUACGAAUGGAGACUAAUGGAUCAAACGAGACAUCAUAUAAGUGUAUAUUUGACCUUCUUAGAUCUGAGCUAUUCAUUUUUUAUUUGCUUCAAAGGUUAUGUUCCAUUAUGGAUUGGUGGUUUCUACGAAUGGAGACUAAUGGAUCAAACGAGACAUCAUAUAAGUCUUUUAAUCUGCCCUCAAAGGUCACGAGUUCACUCCUUCACCUGUCUCGGCGGGACAAGAACACGCUCCCGCAUCUCCGCCUUUUCCCCGACCACCAUCCCGCCGCCGCCGCCCGACGCCCCGACGCCGCUGCCGCCCGACGCCGCCGCCUGCCCCGACGCCGCCGCCGCCCGACGCCGCCGCCUGCUUCAGCUACGCCACUCCGCGACUAGGCUGGACGCAUCACCACGCUCUCCUUCGGCUUCGCUGCUGUGCUGAUCUCUGAAAUUUGAGUUAAUGAAUCCUCUGCCUAGUGCAUUUAAUGAAGCUGUAUUUGCUCAUCGGGCAUGUGUGGUAUCUGUGGAGGGAGGAGGCAGUGGUUUCCUGAUGGGCUCGGCACUUGGUAGGAGUGUGGUUAUGACCUGUUAUCAUGCCGUACGCACUCGGCUGACGGAACGAGAAGUAACUAUUGUUGUUCCUUUUAUUGGUUCAUGUACUGGCAAGAUUGUUUUUGAUGAUGAAGCAACAGAUGUCGCUCUGAUCAUGCUCUCGAAACCCAUACCUGAUGAGCCACUUGAGUUUUCAAAUGAGGAAGUUGCAGUUGGCAGGCCAUUGGUAAUGUUGAGUUAUUUUCACAUGGGCAAUAAUCUUAUCUUUGAGCCUGGAACAUCUCAUGGCUACGCAAAGGAGCCUACCGAAGAUUUUCAUCACCUCUGGGGAUCUUACACGUCUCAGAAAGGCAACUCAGGAUCUCCUGUACUGAUUCUUGAGGAUGGAGGUAAUGUCCGUGUGGCAGGAAUGCACUUUAGGCAAACCACGCAGACUGAAGAUGGCAUUGUGGAUAUUAGCCGGGCGGCUAUUACCGUUUCAUCUAUAAUAUCAUGCAUGAGGAACAAGUUGGGACCGCAGGCUGAACAAAUGACGAUCCGAGAGAUGGUAAUGAUGAUUGUUCAGACAGCAGUACACGGUCCACUAGGAGGUGCUGAUGGCUGAGGCGAUAAGAAAAUUCUACGGAGGCAUGCCUGCAUUGAUUUUGUUAAUUUAACUGUAUUGCUCAACAGCAAAUCCUCGAUAGCUGGUCUUUUUAACCCAACGUUUUUGCCACUUACUCCAAGAACUUGCAGCAUCAUGCUGGUACCUGAGCGAUAGGAAAAUUUUAUGGAGGCAUACCUGCAUUGAUUUUCUAAUUUAAUUGUAUUGCUCAACAGAAAAUCCUCGUUAGCUGGUCUUUUUAAUCCAACAUAUUUGCCACUUACUCCAAGAACUUGCAGCAUCAUGCUGGUACCUGAUAGUGGUAUAUUGCUGCUUAAACUGAUCAUGAAUUAUGCAGAUCAAUGCAAGUGUAAAUGUAGAACUGAUCAUGAAUUUACGCCUGUACUGAUCAUGCAUAGAAUAGUGCACACCUGAUGUGUAUGUCAUUAAUUGGUAUUUGUUGGAGAAGUAUUAAUGGUUGGAUUAUCUAGAGUAAUGUACUAGUUAUUUCGUU